AUGCAGUCAGCCCCAAAUGCUGAAGAAAUGAACUUCUCUGUCUGUGCUUUUGUAAAGAGACUGAAUGGAACCUCAUGCCUCCACAGGGAGAGAGAGUCCAACAGUUCCUCACCUUUGGAUGAAGCUGUUUUGUACUAUUUGCGGGAAUGGACUCUCAGCCCAUCAUACAGAAACAUUAAGAUGUUUUUAAUCCCUCCACUUGUUUGCUUCGUGGCAGGUGUCCUCAUCAUUCCUUCCAUCUUGUUUGUGAUUUUCUCUAGGUUUAGCAUCCGUCAGGAAACAAGGUACAUGCUGCUGGGAAAUGCUUUGCUUUGUGACCUGAUAUACAUUUUGUCCUACACCCUCUCUGCUGUUUUUAAUGCAGCAGAUCUAAAGCUCCCGAAGGAAGCUUGUGUCCUCCUGUUAUUUUUGCUGGCACUGGCUUACUGCGGAGGAUUGUUCACAGCUGCUGCAAUGGUCUUGGACACAUACAUAGCUAUUUUGUUUCCUUUGCGCUACAUUGCUAUUUUGCCUGCUUCACGAACGAAAAAAGUGAUUGUAUUACUAUGGAUCUGUUCUGGGGCUUUCCCUGCAACUUUCUUCUUGUUGCUAUGGAGCACUCAGAGCUUUAUGCCUUAUGUCCUGGAAAUGUGCUCUGUUCCAGUAAUACUGGUGUUAACGCUGAAUGGGACUGAUGCUGCGAAACUCUGUUACUGGCUUGCUGCCUCUGUUAUCUUUCUCUGCCUGUUUUUAAUGCUCUGUUGCUAUGCUAUUCUGUAUUUUAAAACAAGAAAAUCAGGGAUAUGGGAGAGCAUCUCCUCUAGAGCCAGUGUGACAUUCUUAAUGCAUCACACUGUGUUAUUCUUUUACUUCUCUCCACUCUUGGCCUUUCUUGUAGAAUCGCUCUUGUACAUUAACACUGUCAUUGGACUGCAGACAGGAAUCUGGGUCUCCCUGGCAAUCUGCAAUGUCCUGAUGAUUCUGCCUAAAGUUUUGUUCCCUUUUCUGUAUGGGCUCCGGUACAGAGAGAUCUCAGCCUCUCUCAGAUCCAUGGUCAGAAGGAAGCGUCUUCGCCUGAUGUCGCCUGGUCCCUCACCGUCCUGAGGCAACGCAGAGCACAGCAGCAGCGGAGGAGCUGUCCUUACCUUGUUAGCGUGCAAGCCUGGCACAAACCUCUCAGCUUCUUUUCCAAGCAUGAGAAGGUAGGGGUUGGUCUCUCUGCCUCCUCGGUGCCAGAAGAUCUUUCAUCACAUCACAGUUUGGGAUCUUGGCGAAUACUGCUCUGGGCAAAGUUCUGAGCCUUCUUCUGAUGUGGGAGGGCAGUAUCUUUUGGAGGAGAUACUGAAUCAGGGCCAUUUCUACCCAUCUAUAGUAGAUGCCUCUCUGGAAAGCAGAAAAUGAAAAAUAGAUGGUGGAAAGCGAAGGAGGUAACCAUAGGUCUCUCGGUCAGCAUCACCUACAGCAGAA